AAAUAUUGUUCAACUGAAAUAUUCUUAUCGCAAUGUAAUAAGGUGAGAUGAGGUGAGAUGGAAUUUGUUUUGAACAGUCAGUUGUGCGAAACAGAAGCGGCGGUUUGGUUGAAUCGCGCAUUUUACGGAUCAAGUGUUUUUGCAAAAACUCACAGAUAUUUGUAAUUAAAAUUCAAGUGCGUGACAGCAAAAGAAUCGCAUGAAAUUUGUGUUUUUUUUUAAUAAUAACUAAACAAAAAACAAUAAUAUAUAGAAUAACCAGCUAAAAAUAAAAAUAUGCUUAUGAGUGUAACGUGAAACAGAGAGAGAAAUUUAUUUGGUUUAAUUAAGUAAAUUAUUUAUAAAUAACAAAAAAUAUAUAGUUUAUAUCCUUCAUCCAUUGAAAACAGAAAAUACAGUUUAUAUAAAUUUUUUUUAAUACCGAAUGCAACCGACUUUCGUUUACAAUUAAAAUGUUUGCAACAUCAAGGCGAAUUAGCUUCGUGUUAAUUGUUUUAUUUGCUUGUUCUAGGCUUGGAGCGGCAGAUCAGGAAGAAAAUGAUCCCUGCGAAACCGACGAUUAUAGAGGGGUGUGCUACACAGCACAAAAUUGUCCACAUUUAAAGGAUGCAAUGACAGUAAUGGGCCUCAAUAGCACUUUCGUGGGGACUUGUGGAUUCACGGUUUGGGAAGAGAUCAUUUGUUGUCCAAAUGAAGAGAGUUUUAGAACAACAACCACUAAAACGACGGAAUUCACCACGAUAUCAUCAAAAUCCAUACGCGAUUCGCUAAAAGGGCUUUCGCCCGAGGAAAGUAAGCGGCGAAUCAAAGAGUUGAUGCGUGAAGCAAUGGGUGGAUUGGAACGACCGCCAAUGAAGAGCAAUGGCACAAGUUUGCGUUCAUCGGAACGUCCAGCUGAUCGUGCAUGCAAAGAAAUUGAAAAACAGUUAAUGCCUAGUCUGCAAGCGCAUGUACUUAAUGGAAGAGCGACCAAUUUUGGCGAGUAUCCGCACAUGGCGCGAAUUAUAUUCGACUUAGAUAGAUUGCGAUGUGGUGGCGUUUUAAUCGAUAAGCGUUUCGUGCUCACCGCUGCGCAUUGCGUGCGAAACAAACAGGGUAAACCAAUCAAGGUUGUGUUGGGCGUAAGUGACUUUAAUGAUAAAACUCAGAUGGACUAUCGACAGGAUAUAGAUAUUAAACAAACCCAUUUACCGCAAAACUACAGUGAGUUUAGCUUUUACGAUGAUAUUGCUUUGAUUGAAUUGGCCAGAGAUGCCGAGUUUAGCCAAGGCGUAUAUCCAACCUGUCUAUACACCGACCAAAUGGAAAUGCCCUACGAUAUUGAUCUAAUUGUCACUGGUUUUGGCAUAACCGAAAACAAAAAUUUAUCCGAUCGUUUAUUAGCGGCCAAUUUGACGUAUAUACCCGUUUUAUUAUGCGAUCAAAGUUACGCUGAUGUCAAGGAUAUUCGUCUCAACCGCGGCAUCGUUGACACACAGCUCUGUGCCUUUUCACCGGAUAGUGAUGCUUGCCAGGGUGACUCUGGCGGUCCGAUACAUAUUGUCAAAGAUAAACAUUAUAAUAAUUACCGAGUCGUUGGCAUAGUUUCAUUCGGCUAUGAGUGCGGUUCGGAAUUACCGGGUGUGUACACUAGAGUGUCGAAAUAUUUAGAUUUUAUCGAAGCCGUUGUAUGGCCGGAUGGCUGAUUGCUGUGGCUAUGUAACAAAACUGUAUUAUGUAUUUCGAUACGUUUGUAUGCUAUUAUUAUUAGUAAAAAUGUAGGAUUCUUCGGUAGUUAUAAAAAUUAUUUGCUUAAUUUAUAGAAAAAUUUAG